GUGUGGAGAGAUUACAACGCUUCGUCUGAGCAAAAAGUAUUUCUGCCACAUGCGAUUCCUCUACGAAGCAUCCGUUGAUGCAGCCAUCUUUUUGUCUGGAUACAGGGUCAGGAUCGGUUCAAAUGCUGACACUGCCAAUACUGGCAGGCUUCAUGUUGACUAUGCCCAGGCGAGAGAUGAUCAAUACGAAUGGGAAUGCAGACAGCGGCAGUUGCAAAGAGAGCAGCGUCACCGUGAAAGGAUGGAAGAAGAAAGGCUCAGACCCCCCUCACCACCCCCAGUCGUCCACUACACGGACCACGAAGCCGCCGCCGUUUCGGAAAAGAUAAAACAGGACGAUUCGUUUGCCAAAGCGGUUCAGACCGUCAUUACAUGGCUGGAGAGGGGCGACUGCAACAAACGAAACGCAAACAACUUCUACUCGAUGAUCCAGUCUACGAAUUCGCAUGUUCGGAGACUCCUCAACGAGAAGAGCCAGUACGAGGAGGAGCUGAGGAAGGCGAAGGAUAUUAUGAGGGCCAGGAUGCAGGGAAUCCUGUUGCAAUUCGGUCAAAUUGAGAGAUUGUUCGGUGCGGCGUGUCACAAGAAGGUCUGGGAUCAUUUCACCAAGGCUCAGAGAAAGAACAUAGAGACUUGGAAAAAGCAGUCAUUGGAAAUUAAAAACGUCCAGCUGGAUGAUUCUUCCAACGAGAAAGACGAUGACGAAAUGGACGUGUCUGAUGAUGACGAACCGUCGAGGAAGAAACAUCGAUCUGAUUCCGCUAACGAAGAGAGACUGAAUCUGAGAGAGGAGAAUGACAGUUUGAAAUGUCAGAUAGAGGCUUAUAAAAACGAGGUUGAGGUGCUCAAAAUGGACCAAAAGAAAGACAUGGAAGACAAAGACAAGCAAUUGAAAAUGCUCCAGCAGACUCUGCAGGGCAUGCAGCAGCAGCUUCUCGAAGUAAAAAAGAAGCGAAGCGAAGAAGAAACCAAAGUCAAAGAUCUGCAAGGGAAGCUCAGGUCGGAAAAGGGGCGGCCGCUCAACGACAAAGAAGUCGUCGUGAUAGACUCCAGUGACAACGAACAGUGCGACUCCGCGACGGAGAGCAGCGGCGAGAAUCAACAUUCGCCUUCGGUGCAGUUGACUGACAGAGAUGCCAAGUUGAUAGGAAUCGUCUCGGCUUUUCUGAACGUCCACCCUUUCGGGGCGGGGCUGGACUAUAUUUGGUCAUACGUUAGCAAGAUAGAGACGAAUCUAAGGCCGGCGGAGAUUGAGUCUGUCAUGUCCAGGUUUCCGACCGUCUUCAAGCAGGAGUUGUUCGGUAUCGGGGCGAAUAUCGAGAGGAGAUGGAUGUUCAAUGCUUUCAGUUCCGUCGGAGGUGGAGAUAAGAAUUGAGGUUAUGUUUUGUUGUUACUGUUGACGAUUUAGAGUGUUAGUUUAUUUUGUGUGAAUGAAUGCAGUUAGUUAAUAAAUUGUUUUGAUUUA